UUUAUAAAGAAAAGUAGAAGUGCUGCACCUUUGCGCAGCGUCCGCCUUUAGCUGAACGGUCCCCUCUGAGUGCACAAAGGCAGCUGCUGGAGGAACUGUUCAGUGCGAGAGACGAGCCGAGCGCUGAGAGGCGUAAUAAACAACCCCCGGCUAGCUACAGACAGGGACGCGGACUCGAAGUCGCUCCCCGGCCCAAGCUCGUAGCUUUACUCCGUGAAACCGGAUUCCAUCGUCAGGUUAAGACUUAUACAGGUGUUUGGGUAGAGGGAGAGCAGCAUGGUGAAGGCCAAAUCCGCUCCGAGGAAGACCUCUCAGCAACACACGAAGAGUUCCAGCAGGAUGGAGGUGGAGAUGGAGGAGAUCCCCCAGGACGAGCCCAAACCUGAACCUGAGAGCCAUGUUACCAGAGACCAGUGCUGCCAGACAGACGAGCCACAGCCCAGCAGCCCUAACCCAAUGACUGACCUUAACCCUGGCCCCGACGCAGCUCCCAGGACACCGGGGUACUGCGUGGAGCCAGGUGACCCUCCUCUGUUGCAGCAGCAGCUCCAGACCUCCAAGUCUGGCAUCCAGCAGAUCACAGAGGUCUUGCGUUCAGGUACUGCCCAGCUGAAGCACAUGCUGCUGAAUGAGGUGGACACCAUCUUUGAGUGUAAGACAUGUCGCAGCUUGUUCCGGGGCCUGCCCAACCUCAUCACCCACAAAGAGUACUACUGCCUCACCAGACUGUCCAAGCCGGACGAUCCAGCGAGCGAGGGUGACAAGCAGAGUGGGGCCAUGAAGGACCUCCUGGAGGCCAUCUACCCCAGGAAGGACCGGCCGGACUACGUGAUGCGCCUGGAGCCAAUCCAGACCUCCAAUAACGCCGUGUUCCAGUUCAUGUCCUCAGAGGAGGAGCUGGCCCAUUUCCCCCGGGCUCCACACACCCCUGGAGGGACCCACACACACAGCCCUGAGCCCUGGGGGGAGCAGGGAGGGACGCCGGAGAAUGGACAGACGGGAGAGGGGGAGGAGAGGAGGAGGAGUGACCAGGAGGAGGAGGAGGGAGGAGAGGAGGCGGCGGCGCAGCCUGAGGAGGAGGGGUCUACAAGCGGGGUGGAGGACGUUACCAUCUCGUGCUGCCUGUGUGGUAAGGACUUCAACUCUCGCCGCAGUAUCCGCCGCCACUGUCGCAAGAUGCACCAGACCAAGCUGGAGGAGCUCCGGAAGUUCACAGAGACGCGCACCGUUCCCAUCAGCCUCCUCUCCAUGGUCAAAGGUCGGUCCCGCACCUUGCACACGCCCAGCGGCAAGUCCUGCCCCGUCUGCUUCAAGUCCUUCGCCACCAAGGCCAACGUGAGGCGCCAUUUUGACGAGGUGCACCGCGGCCUGCGCCGGGACGCCAUCACGCCGGACAUCGCCACGCGCCCCGGCCAGCUUCUGUCCCUGGAGGCCACGCCUCCCCGCAAGAGUGCCAACUCCUCACCCACGAAAGGUCACACCCCAAAGAGCGGAGGAGCCGCAGAUGCUACCACCCCUCAGCCCCCCAAAAGCUCCACCGCGGCGCCCCCUGCCCCUUCUCUCCUGGCAUCGGCCCUGUACAACCUGGCCUCCUGCCGCUGUCUGCUCUGCAAGAGGAAGUACAGCUCCCAGGUCAUGUUAAAGAGACACAUGCGCAUCGUCCACAAGAUCUACAAUCUCAAGAACCUCAAGAACGUUAGCUCCGUCUCCGUGACCACGGCCGCAACCACAUCCACGGCGAACAACAAAAACAACAGCAGCAACACUGACAGCACCCCUAGCAACAGAACCCCUAUCAACAGCCUGAGCGUGAAGGAGGAGGAGGUGGAACCCUGGGACGACCCUGACUCCAGCCCCGCCUCGACGCCAGGCAACACGGACGGGAGGGACACGGACAGGAAGGGUGUCGCCGUGGCAACCAAGGCAGGUCAAAAGAUCAAAGAGGAAGAGGGUGGCGGCAGCCCCAAGACAUGGACUCGUUCCACGUCCAUCAACAGCACCGGUGGUACUAGUAGCGGGACUCUUGGGAGACCCCCUCAGAAGCUCUCGGUGGGUUUCGACUUCAAGCAGCUGUUCUGCAAGCUGUGCAAACGUCAGUUCAGCUCCCGCCAGAACCUCACCAAGCACAUCGAGCUGCACACGGACGGCACAGACAUCUUCAUCAAGUUCUACCGCUGCCCGCUCUGCCGCUACGAGUCCCGGCGCAAGCGCGACGUCUUGCGCCACGUGACGGUGGUGCACAAGAAGUCAACGGGCUACCUGGCCAAGAUCGUGCCCAAGCUGGAGUCGCGUGCGGUUAAGCGGCCGGCUGAGGUGGUCCUCAACUCUGCCCCCAAUGCCAACAACAACAAGAGAGGAGGAACAUCAGUCGAGGAGGUGAACGGGAGCCACUCGGCCUCCUCCCCCCCUACGCCCCCAGUCACACGCAAACAGGAGCUUCUCAACAACUCCUCCUACCCAGUCACACGGAAACAGGACCUCCUCUCCUCCACCACUCUGGUCACUCGCAACCAGGAGAGGCAGGAGAGGCAGCAGGAGGCCCAAACCGGGUCACCUGUCUCCCGUAAGAACGACAAACAACUCCCCGACACCCCCGCCCCGAUGCCCCUCAACACGCGUCGCCAUGACGCUCACCAGGAGAGCAGCAGUAGCACAGAGGUGCGUGUCACCAAGAACUUCUCGCUCCACGCGUGUGACGUGUGCGGCCGGGCCUUCGCCAAGAAACUCUACCUGGAAUCCCAUAAGAGGAGCCACCGGAACUCCAUGCCACCGGUCAGCACGCCGCCCAGCGGCGCCAGGGCUAAGGGGGUCAGCACUCGGUCCAAGGCACUGCUCUGAUCCCCAGUCUCGUCUCACUCCUGGUUCUUGGGAGCCUCCAUCCUGAGAGGAGAGACUUAACGGAUGAAAGAGCACCGCUAACGAUGAUGAAGAAAGUAGCUGGGCUGGGAAAGUGGUGCAAGCGAAACAGAGAGGGAGGAGAAGGGGUGAAAGGAGAGACUUCACAUCUAAGGGACCAAAAGUAUUGUUGGAACCAGGAGGGAUGGGAGCCAAUGUGAUGCCAGAGGAGUGGAGUCAGUGGACACUCAAGGAGCCAUCUGUGGAGGCACUGAUGCUAUCACACUGCUGUGUGUAGGUUACCAUCAUUGUAUGUACAUGUAGAUCCAUAUAUACCAGGUUCAGGUGUGUGUAUGUGUGUGUGUGUAUAUAUAUAUAUAUGCUCAAGUCUAGACCAGGUUCAGGUGUAUGUAUGUAUGUAUGUGUAUAUAGACACACACACACCCCUACCUACCUGAACCUGGUCUAGACUUGAGCCUGUAUUAACCUUAGGGGUGGGGAGAGAAGAGGGCAGGGUUGGGAGCGCUCUUAGCACACCAUAGAUAUCCCAUAUCUGACCAGUAGAGGGUGCUCCAGUUCUGCUUUAUAGGAUUAGACUUUAAGGUAGGGCUCUCCAACCCUGUUCCCGGAGAGCUACCCUCCUGUAUGUUUCACGCCAAACCCAGUGGUGUCUUACCUGAUUCAUCUUAUCAACUAGCUAAUUAUUAGAAUCAGGUGUGCUAGAUUAGGGUUGGGGUGAAAACCCUACAGGACGGGUUGGAGAGACCUCCCCAUGUGCAUACUGUGAAGUUGGCCCAGCCAGAGCCAGCAGUAGAGAUGUUAGUGGUUUAUUUCCCCAGCUCAUAGUAAGCUAUCCAUCCACUGGGAAAGACUCCAUAUUAACUCAGUUCAUCCAAAUAGGCUUGAGUUUUUCUGGCAUUCCAAGAGAUAUAGUUUGGGUGAUUAUCUGACAGAGAAAGACAAGUAGAUAGCUGACCAGCGAUACUCUGGCACAUUGAAGAGACUGUGACCAUUUGAUUGAUUGAUUGAGUGGCUAUGGCUGUGUUUAAACAGGCAGCCCACUUCUGACUUUUUUUUUUUCUCGCUAAUUGGACUUUUGACCAAUCAGAUCAGCUCUGAAAAAGCUCUGAGGCAAUUCUCAUGAAACUGUAAAAAAUGAAUUAGUGUAAUUUUUCAUGGAAUUUCCUCUUGAAUCACUGAGAUUAGGAUCUGUGCUUAUCUAUUUCAUAAUUAUUCUACUUUUUUAAAUCAGAUAUUAUGCAUUUUUACUAGCCUUUUCACAAAACUCAUUACCGUAACAGUUUUCGAAGUCCCAAAAAGUUAUAUAUAUUUAUAAUAUUUGUUAAUAUUGCUCCCCUAAUGACAAGGCCCGAGUUAAGCAUAACACUGAAAAUGUAAAUAUUUCAAAUCAAAUUGUUCAGUUAUUAUAAAAUUAAAUCAGACUUUCCAAUUUGAGCUCUUUAGCUGAUUCGGUAAUUACAGUAAUGAAACAUGUCCUCAGACAGACACUGUGUUUAUGUAAUAAAUAUUAUAGUUUAAUGUAAACUUUAACUACGAAUCCAUUUUUAUGAUUUAUGGACAAAUGUAUGAUAUAUGUACAGCAACAUAUUUUGUGUUAGGUUUUCUAAAGAAAAUCACCCGAGAAUUUAAUCGGGACACAUUUCGGAAAUGAGAAUUUGGGGUAAAAAUGUACAAAAUUCAGGGAAAAUGUUACCUUCCCUAUAACUAGAUAUCUUAGUCCUCAGAAUGAUAGUUAAUUUUUGCAGAUGCAUCAUGGUUUUGUAGCUCAAUUUGCUACAGACUUUAAAAAAAAAUGUUUUCAUGAAAAUCGUGAUGUGAAAAGAUCCGAUUGGUCAAGAAAACAAUUAGUGAGGGGGGAAAUCUGAAUUAUGUCUUGUUCAGUCAGAAAGCCAUGGCACAGUAGAAAAGAAACAGACCAAAUUGUAUUUUUCUAACGGAAAAGCUUGUUAAAAUAUCAUAUGGAUGGUAUAAACAAUAGAUAUAUUGGCAGAUGUCUAGUUUUUGUUUCAAUCUCCCUGAAAAGUAGAUAUAUUGUAUAGCCUACUGUUGGUUGCAUAUGCUCGAGUAUCUCUGAAUAGUGAGAGAUUUUGUUUUCCUCUAUUUGUUCAAAGCACUGAAGAAUCUGUUACGUUCAGACUCUCACUCAAACGACUGUGUCAAAACCAGAUGAUGAAAUGACGUAGGGAGGUUUCUUUCUUCCUUUAAAGGAGAAGAUGUGUGUUUUUGGCGGCACAUCUGUGACCAAGCAGAAGGGAAAUGAAGUGAUUUUCCUUUUCAUGACUGACUUUCCUUACUGGUCCUCUACAUUCAGAUAAAAAAAGAGUGGAGACAUUUUUCCAGGCCUACUAGCUGACCUGAAGCCGUAGGAUAAGGAGAAGAGUAGAUCAGUUAGGUUUCCUGUUGAAAAUAACGUAACCCAUUAAUCCAUCCGGAAGAAAUCAACUGUUACCCCAAUAAUAAACAGCC